GUGUUGAAGUCAUCAGCGGGCCGUCAGGAGGGGAGUGCAUGGCAAAGCAGAAAAGCGCUGGAACUGCGAAGGUUCAGUUGCCGGUCUAUGCGAGCCAGACAGGAGGUGUGAGUUUGACAGAGAAAGGGACUGUGACACGUUUAUUUUAGAAAUUGAAUUUGUGGUCAUUCGUUUUGGUUUCCUUGGUGGCUUUUACGCAUCUUUGCUCCAGUUGAUGCUGAGAUUACGGAGAGACCCUCAGUGCGUCUGGCACAUCAAGGCACACACCGGGACGCACGGCGCAUCUCCACAGGGAAACACGGAGACGCAGGGAGAGAGGUCAAUUUGGAGUUCUACAAAUGGAUGUAUGUGACAAACUUCUUCAGAGUAAUGUCAGUUGUAACCUGUCCAAUACAUAUUUUUGAUUUUCUGGUCUAUACUAAUGUUUGAUUCUACCGUCCUCUUGCGCAAAACGGAUGAAAAUCGACAUUUUUCUGUGUUUGUUGUUUUUCUGGGUUUUUCUGGAGGGAAUGCUCUUUAUCACAGCACGGAUAACAGAUAAUUGGCUUUCUCGGCACAUGUGAAGACACUCUCCAGGAUGUUACAUUUCCAGCGGCCCAGGAACUAUUGGGCCAUCCCAAUUCAUAGCUGGGGGUCCUCCUGUGUUUAGGAAUUAUCACCUUCUGCGACCGUCUGGCGGAAGAAAACGGAAUCUUAUCCAUAAAGUGUCUUGAACAUUGAUAUUGGCUUUACGAGUCUCACCUCUGGGCUACUAUGCAAUUACAACUGAUCUCCUUUGUUUUGAUCAUCUUGCACUGCAUGGAUUACACUGGUUGUCAGCAGCACAGCAGCUCCAGGCACCGGCAACAUAAACAGAUCUCUGGUGUGAGGUCAGGGUGCCAGCAGGGUGGCUGUCUGACCUGCUCUGACUACAAUGGCUGUCUGUCCUGCAAGCCACGCUUCUUCAUGCAUUUGGAGAGGAUUGGGAUGAAGCAGAUCGGGGUGUGCAUGACUUCCUGCCCUGCAGGCUUUUAUGACACACGCUCCCCAGAAAGAAACACCUGCACAAAGUGCAGGUCGGAGUGCGACUCCUGCUUCAACAGGAACUUCUGCACACGCUGCCGACCGGGAUUCUACCUUCACCUGGGAAAGUGCCUGGAGAGCUGCCCUGAUGGGCUAGUCCACAGUGACACACAGAGGGAGUGUGUUCAAAGAUGCCCUGCAGAGUGUGAGUCAUGUGUGAACAGUGAGACAUGCACACAGUGCCGGCCAGGCCUGUACCAGCUCAGUGGGAGGUGCCACCAUGUCUGUCCAGAGGACUACGAGCCCAAUGACCAACUCAUGGAGUGCACACCACAAGUACACUGCGAAGUUGGUGAGUGGAGUGAGUGGAGCCCCUGUUCUCGGUCAGGUAGAACCUGUGGCUUCAAGCGGGGCCAGGAGACCCGCACGCGACAAGUCCUGCAGUACCCGUCACCCUUCGGUCAACCCUGCCCUGAGAUUUCAGAGAUCAAAGAGUGUCUGGUCAAGAGGAGGAAGUGUCCAGGAGGACGGAGGAAGAAUGAGCGAAGAGAAAGGAGAAAUCGCAACAACCGCAAAGAUAAGGAGAACCAAGAGGGGCGGCGAGAGAAGAAGAGGGAAAGGGAACGUGAGCGGGAGAGACACUCAGGUGAACGUGAGGACUCUGACAACAGGAACAAAACAGAGCACAGGCAUCGCAGAGGCCAUGACACAGAGCCCGUGUCCCCCGAAGACAGCCUUGUACAGUAGUGCUCUGUAGUGCCUCCCAAACUUCCUCCUGUUAUCUUCCUGUUCUUCACCCUCCAAAACAUCCCCACCUUCACCCACUGUUUGCCCACCUCACCUCCUCACUGCAGGGGAGUUGCUGCUACGUGUAUGAUUUGAAGAUACUGGGCUGGGGUGCAUUCACUCACAAGGCUUGGGCCACUAUGGACUUCAAAAAGUUUUUCUUUUUUCUACCCUGUAGCCUCUACUCCUUCACAUUCACCACUGAGAGAGUGUCUGUUUCUAAGUCCAGGAGACACAGCUGGGACUGCUGUUGGGACUAAAGAACAAAAGGAGAGGUGUCUCUGACUGUGUAGAGGACUGGCAGACAGAUGAACAGAGAGACAAUGACAUUUCACUAUGUGCUUGUUAAUAUGGUUAUUUAAUGGGGCCCUGGUACAACGUUGCGCAUCUUGGUUUUUGAAUGUAGAUUUUGCAACAUUAUGUAGAACAAUUGUUUAUUAUUGUUCCUGUUCUUUAGAUCUCUUAUUUUAUUUGGUGCAUAAUUUGUAAAGAAACAAAAGUCAAAGUGAUUUUGCUCUUGCCAUCUUCAUAAUCACGGCAGCUGUAGGAGAACAUGCAUGCCAUGAAUCAUAGGAGCAAGGUAUACAAAGUUAAGCUAAAAACGAUAAGCAUACGAUAUGUAUGUGUUGGAGAAAGGCUAGUUUAAGUAAAUCUAAUCUACCACUGGUUUUUCUUUGUACAAGCUGAGUCUGUGCUCUCAUUAAAGCUCCUUGACAAGGAACCAAAAGCACCUGUAUGUCAAUAAAACUAUAAUGGUUUGUA